CCUACAUCCUGCCUACAUCAGAGACCUACAUUCUCUCAGAGAAUUUCUCUGUGCAUUUGGUGAAAAUAUUUCGUUGAGAUGGCAAAUGCUGUGACUAAAGUUGUUAAUAAUUGCAAAGAAGCCAAAGAAACCAAUACUCUAAACCUAUCAAAUUGUACAUUAAAACAAGUUCCAGAUGCAGUUUACCAUUUAUUAAGAAAUGUAGAAAUAAAAACAUGCGAUUUUUCUGAAAACGUUUUAUCAAAAAUUACACCAAAAUUUGUGCUAAAUUUUAGUUCCUUAAUGACUUUAAACUUAUCUUAUAAUCAGUUGUCUAGUUUACCAGAGGAAUGUAUAGAUUUUAAAUUUUUGGAAACGCUUAAUAUUUCUCAUAAUUCCUUCAUUUCAUUGCCGAAUUGUGUACAUAAAAUACCAAAACUGAUUCAACUUGACGCUAGCAAUAAUCAUAUUGUUGAUGUAGAUAUAAAAGCCCUUAAGGAAGCUUCGAGUUUAGAAGCAGUUGAUUUAACUAAAAACUCAAUUUCCCAUAAAAAUUAUGAAGAACUUAGAGAACUUACGAAUGUAAAAGUACUUCUAACUCCAAGGCAAAAAGAAGAUUGGGAAGAUCUUACCAUUUAACACAUCCUGCCUGUAUUUUUUAUUAGGUACCUCUAUAUUUUUUUGUAUUGUAUUAUUUGCAGUAGGCAUAGUGAAUGUUUUUUACAGUUAAAACUAAUUUAUUUAAUGGUUCAAUUUUAUAUGUUAAUUGUAAUAAAUUUUAUUAAAGCAAAUAAGUAAUUAGGUUUA